AUGCGGCGCGGUCUCUUCAUCUUCCUCCUCGUCAACCUCAUUAUCCUCUCCUUGCUCGUCCGUAGUGUCUCGACGCUUCUAUCGCUACUAGUCGAAGAUGCCGCCGCCGACGCUAUACACCGCGCCGAGCUGCCCUCGCCGAAUUCAAGCCUGAUCGAGCAGCGCCCCCAGAUUAUUCCGAAGAUUAUUCACCAAACAUACAAGAAUGAGACUAUUCCCGAGGUCUGGGUAGAAGCCCAACAGAGUUGCAUUGACUUGCACCCGGAUUAUGAAUAUAUUCUCUGGACAAAUGAGAAAUCGCGUGAAUUUAUCGCCGCCGAAUACCCUUGGUUCUUGGACACAUUCGAUGGCUACAGUUAUCCUAUUCAGCGCGCGGAUUCUAUUCGAUACUUUAUCCUUGCACACUUCGGUGGAACAUACAUUGACCUGGACGACGGCUGCAACCGUCGCUUGGAUCCUCUUCUGGCUUAUCCCGCCUGGGUACGCCGUACUGCCCCCACCGGUAUCUCCAAUGACGCCAUGGGUUCCGUACCGCAACACCCAUUCUUCCUCCGUACAAUUGAAGUACUGCAACAAUACGACCGCCACUGGCUCCUCCCGUACAUAACGGUCAUGUACUCAACUGGACCACUGUUUCUGUCUGUCAUUUGGAAAGAGUACAUGCGCGAAGGGCCGAGCGAUGCUGGACGCGUGCGCAUCCUCAUGCAGGACGAAUAUAACAGGUUUUCUUGGAGUUUCUUUACCCACCACCGGGGUAACAGCUGGCACGGCAAGGAUGCGCACUUGAUCUUCUGGGUAGGUGACGAGUCUGGUAUCGAAAUUCUGAACAAUGCUAAUAUCUCGCAGAUGGGUCAACAUUGGCUGUUCCUCACUGUCUGCGGCUUCCUCAUCGCCGGAGUCGUUGGAUUCUGCCUCUGGUGGACCUACGGACGUGUCAUGCUCCUGGGAGCCAAGUACCGCUACCGCUACUCCAAGGUGCCAAGUAUUAUCAGCCCGUCGCGACUUUCGAUGUCGCCAACGCGACGCUCGCGCCUUUCAGUCCCGACAAUCCUGCGACGCGUCAGCUUCAAAGAAGACGAAGAGGCAGGCGGGGUCACGGAGACCUCGUACGAACUUGGACGUCGCGAUGACUAG